CGUCCAUUUUGGGCUAAGCAGGAAGUUGUUUAGUGAGGAAAGCUAAACUGAUCAACUUCUUAAACGUCCACUGAUACAUAUAUCAUCAUAGUAGUAUUUGAAGCAUUGUUCGCUGAUGUUGGUAGACAGUCACAGACUGGACUAUAUGCGUAUUUGACCGUUUGUUUUGCAGUCGUGGUGAUAGUCAAACUUCUCACGCGCGUCGCAGAGGUCGCGACGAAAACAAGGGACUGUAAAUAAAAACAGGCCAGGAUGGCGGAUGACUUUGAUGUCGAGGCCAUGCUUGAAGCUCCCUAUAAGAAGACAUGCCUAAUGAUAUCUCACCUCUACUCCCCUGAAUACAUCUUUGAUUCCAGUGUGAACUGUGAAAAAACGUAAGGACGUGCUGUGAGACAGAGAUGGCAUCGAGCUCUCACAGUCCUUCCACGCCAACUGGUGAAGAUCUCACGGACUGACAUCCUCAACUUUGGAAUGCCCUUUAGCAGCUCUAUAGCAUGACUACAGCAAGACUUAGGCUUAAAUAGCAGGGUACCUGAAUACAACCCCGGGGGUCCCCUGAAAAUACAUGGCCUCCCUUAGCAUGUCAAGACCUUUGAUGCACAGUUUUGAUUUUUUUUAUUGGGUUUGAAUUAUAUUUAAGGAUGAUUUUGGUUAUUUUAUAUGUGACACACAAUGUUUAAAACAGAUGCUAAAUCACUCCCAUUACAUCUGGAGCUGUCUACACUGGAACCGCCUGAAACUGCCUUCAGUCGACGGAUGCCCCGUUUCUAUAUUUGAUGUGUCGCACAGCUACUCCAGCCAUUUUAUUUUUGCCAUCCUUCUGUAAUGUUUUUGUUAUUUUUUUCAUGAAUUGAUUAAUAUGAAUGUUAUUUUUGUAUUGAACUGUUCAGCCCUGACGUGAAUUUGUAGGCGAACCCGGAAGACUACUUCACCAGGGUUUCCCUCAGGAGUUUCCUGUGGGUUUUAUAAUGGGGGUUUGCCAGUUUAUUAGCAGUGUUGGAUGUAAUCCAAUUACAAAUUAACUAUUUUCUCUAAUAUCUAAUUUUACUAAGUCAAAAAAAGUAGUGAAAUGCAUUAUAUUUUAAAUUCUUGUAAUUAGAUUAGUUACUGAAUUUCAAUUCAUAUACUUAUUAAAUAUACAAUAUACUUGUUUCUUAAAUAUUGAUGUACAAUACAUGAAUUAUGGCCUCGUAAUGAGUCAUUGUGAAGGCUAAAUGAGAGGUGCUGAGUGUAUGACUUGUUCGUAACAAUGAACAAGAACGAAAGUGACAUUAUUUAGAAUUUGUUGAGAAGAAAAGUGUUUUAUAAAGUAACGUAAAAGUAAUUAGUAAUGUGAUUACAGUGAAGUAAUUAGUGAAGUUAUCUGAUUACAAUUUUAGAGAAAUAAUUAGUAAUUUGUUGUGGAUUACUAUUUUAAAUAACUUACCCAACACUGCUUAUGAGUAAAUGGAGGUCUAUGGUAAACAUUACUUGAUGAUACGUGGACGUUUUUUUUCUACCACAUAAAUGACAGUCAUUACCUCAAACGUGCAUUUUUGAAGCCACAGUGUGUGUGUGUUUUUUUAAGUAUGUAAUUUAAUACGGCUUCCAAAUUCACAUUUGAGGUAUGAAAGUGUAUCAUUUAUGUUGUUGAACAGAACGUCCACUUAUCGUCAAUUAAUGUUUACCACAGACCUUAUUUUACCUCAUUAUAAAAACCCACAGGAAAAUCCUGAGGGAACCCAUGGCAAAUUCUCUUCUGGGGUUUUGAACUACAAGCUGAACUGCUCUAUUGUUUUAUAUUUAAACAAUAUAUGACCGUUACAGCAAAGUCAGCUUGUAAUGUGGUCUUUGCCACACCAUUUUAAAUUCUCUGGUUUCUAACUAUAUUUAUACGCUGUUGAUGCAUAUUUUCUAAAAUCAUUGUAUUUCUGUUGAAAAAAUAUUUGGGAAACAAGUUCACCCAUUAUACUGUAUAAGUCUAGACUCGAGCUUCCAGCUAAUUGUUCUGCAGUUUAUGAAAAUUCAGAGGUUGUUUCCAGUGUAGACGUAGUUACUGAGAGCAAUAGCUGAAAAGAACUGAACGAGAAAUGUUUUUUUUUUCAAAAGUUAUAGAGGAAAAAGACAGACCCCCACUAACAGAUUUAUAACUGACUAUUUGAUUUACUUUUUAUAUAUUUACCAUAUACUUUUAUCCAAAGUGACUUAAAUUGUGCACUUUAUCACUUUAUCAUAAAGGAGGCAACAUUAUGAGUAAUGCCACAAUAUCGAAUUUCAGAAAAUUUGGUUUUUGUUUGCAUUUCUCAAUUCUAUUAAAUUACAGCAAUCUGUAAUCUCUCUUGUCCCCUCCCCCUCUCCCCUGCAAUCUUCAUUUUUGUAAUAAUGUUUUCUUUUCUCUCAAUCCUGCUCAGGGAGAAAGCAAGUCCUUUGGCGCCAAUAGUCAUGAUGACAGCCGCAGCAAGAAGAAAAGACACAGCAAAAGUCGCAGUCCAGACCACCGGAGGAGUAGAAGCAGAGACCGUAAGAAGGGUCGAGAGCAACGGAGGAGCCGCAGUCGUGAUCGGAAGCGUUCACGCAGCAAAGAGCGCAGGCGUUCACGAUCCCGAAGCCGGAAUCGUGGUGGACGCUACCAUGGACACAAAAGUCCCUUUAUGGGGUCGAAGUUAAACGGUGGUCCUGGAGGGAAAUUUGGCCCACAACAUUUCACCAAGCACAGUCGCAGGCGCUCUCGGAGCAAGAGCCCCUUUAAGAAAGACAAGAGCCCCUUUAAGAAAGACAAGAGCCCCUAUAAGAAAGACAAGAGCCCCUUUAAGAAAGACAAGAGCCCCUUUAAGAAAGACAAGAGCUCCUUCAAGAAAGACAAGAGCCCCAUCAGGCAGCCAAUAGAUAAUCUGAGCCCAGAGGAGAGAGAUGCCCGCACGGUGUUCUGCAUGCAGCUGGCUGCCAGAAUUAGACCUAAAGAUCUGGAAGAGUUCUUCUCAGCAGUAGGAAAAGUGCGUGAUGUAAGGAUGAUUUCAGAUAGAAACUCUCGGAGGUCAAAGGGCAUUGCCUACAUUGAGUUUGUGGAGGCAACCUCAGUACCUCUGGCCAUCGGGCUGACAGGACAGCGGGUGCUGGGAGUGCCAAUUAUAGUCCAGGCCUCACAGGCUGAGAAGAACAGGGCAGCAGCAGCAUUGGCAGCCAGUCUCCAGAGAGGUGGUGCAGGGCCGAUGCGGCUUUAUGUGGGCUCCCUGCACUUCAAUAUAACCGAGGAUAUGCUCAGAGGCAUUUUUGAGCCAUUCGGCAAGAUUGAGGGUAUUCAGCUAAUGAUGGACAAUGAGACAGGCAGGUCGAAAGGAUAUGGCUUCAUCUCAUUUGCUGAUGCAGAAUGUGCUAAAAAAGCCUUGGAUCAGCUAAAUGGUUUUGAGCUUGCUGGUCGGCCCAUGAAAGUCGGUCAUGUUACAGAGCGUUCAGAUGCGUCUUCGGCCAGCUCCUUCUUGGACAAUGAUGAGCUGGAGAGAACGGGCAUUGACUUGGGCACGACGGGUCGCCUUCAGCUGAUGGCAAGACUCGCAGAGGGUACAGGAUUGCAGAUUCCUGCUGCUGCCAAGCACGCUUUACAGAUGAGUGGCUCUCUGGCACUUGGAAAUCUGGCAAAUGCUACAACCACAGCUCCCCUGCUCUCCAAUCCUGGGAUGAACCAAGCCAUGAACCUUCCAACCCAACCACUGGCCACACACUGUUUACAGCUCUCCAACAUGUUCAAUCCACAGUCGGAAGACGAACAGGGGUGGGACAUUGAGAUACAGGAUGAUGUCAUCGAAGAGUGCAAAAAACAUGGUGGCAUUGUUCACAUAUACAUUGACAAGAACUCUCCUCAAGGAAAUGUUUAUGUAAAAUGUCAGACCAUCCCAGUAGCAAUGGCUGUCGUCGGCGCCUUGCAUGGCCGGUGGUUUGCAGGUAAAAUGAUUACAGCUGCCUACGUGCCCCUUCCCACUUAUCAUAACCUGUUUCCAGACUCCGCCACAGCCACCGAGCUCCUGAGGCCGACGCGCCGGUGAUACAGCUCGUUUCACCUUUAACCCCUGCCUAUCUCUGACCCAUGGUAACGCAAUGCGUCCAUACCCCUUCUCAAAUUAACUGCUGCGGAUCUGGGACAGUCUUGUCAUAAUGUUUGAAGUUACAUAAUGAGGGUUACGAUUUAGUUAGGCCUGAUUUUAUUUUAUUUUAUUUUAUUUUUUUUAUCCUUUUUUUUUAUUUUUUUUUUUAUUAUUAUUAUUAUUUUAGCAGGAGUGUAAAUCCACAGUCAGUCACCUGUGCUUGUAAUGACAAAACAAAGUUCUCAAUCAGCGCUCUGCUUUAUGUAUAUUGGCCUAUUGACAAGUUUAGAGAACACUUGUAAUGCCCUGUCUAGACAGGAUCCAGACUGCUGAAACAAGUCUUGAAGGAUAUUCUAGAGUUUUAAAGGUAUUUCUUUUGAAGAUUUUUGUUUGUUUGUUUGAUUUCUCUGCUUUUUCAUUUUAUCAUUGCCUAGUAAGGUGAAAAAAAAAAAUGUAUUUUCAGUUUAAGUCAUAAAUGUCUUUAUCUUUUAUGAAAAUCUGUUGUGAACCCUUGCCUCAUUUCCAGUCCGUUUCUUUCAUUUUAAGCCACAAAAGACAACUAAAAUUUUUUUUAUUUAAUUGUUUUUUGUGCUGACAGUCUUGAGCUGGUACAUUUUCUAAAACCACUUUGAAAUGAUAACUUUUUAUAAUCAAGAACUGUUGUUUUCUUUUUUUUUUUGUUGUUGUUGUUUUUUUUUUUAUCUAUCAAUUAAAGGACUUU